GCGAACUGACCACCGAAUCAAGGCUGUAUUAUUAUUAGGAACAGGAAAAAGCCAAAAAAGAAAAGAAAACUGGCAGUACAGUGUGGCUGAAGGUGUGCCACCAUGAUCCACUUAGCCAAAUACUCUCGGUGAUUGGCCAAAUUACGGGUCGCGAACAAUUGUAGAGGGAUCAGAUUCCCCCAUGGUCGCGUGCAUAUGGAGAUCAUAAUUUCAUAGGCAGAGCGCAUAUCUUACUCAUCGGAGUUCAGCAAUCGGUUGUUCCAUUUCUUGGCUUUAUGGGGAGCCGAUCCAUAUUUAUUGACUGCAUUCCCCCCUUUCCCCCAGGCCCUGCCGGGCCCCUUCGUAGGGGAAAUCACGAACCAUUCAGACCAUGGUGAGUAACAUCUUCACUUGGUUCCUGUAUGUCGUCAACCAGGUGUCCGACCUGUCCCUCCAGCCGAUUCAACCUCAGGCGAGGUUGAGGCCGGGGAAUCAACAGGUCUUGGCUCCACCCAGUACGACUGAGGCGCUCGAUACUGGUCCGUCUAUAAUCCAAACACCGACGACUGAACCGAGUAUCACACCGUCACCCACGAGCCCACCGCCAGCAGAGGCUACCGAUGAAUAUUGGGAUGACAUUAUCACUGGAGUGUAUGGAAUCCCACCGCUGCUCAAGAUCCACGACCGAACUGGGAUGGUGAAAUGGAGUUGGGGUCGGGACGACGUUACCCAGGAACUUCCGCCUUAUAUUAGGCACUGUCUGUAUAGCGACGCGAAUGAUGCCACUGAAGUCAAGUGGAUUAAGAACGGGACCGCCAUUGCGGCGAUCUAUAGCGAUCUCGUGCUCAUGAUCAACCAUACCCCUGACAACCCAGAGACAGACAAACUGAUCACAUUCGCUGUCUGCCGGCAGAAUGAGUUUCUCUGGAAUGCUCAUACCCUUGAGCCGUUGCCUGGAGAUCGAGUAGCAGUCGGCACCACGGGCUCCAACGCCUGGGACGGCAUCCUCGUCUAUAACUCCAGCGUCGAUAACCCCCUGGUGGACGAGCCGCUGAUCCUGCAGAAUAUUACCGGGCUGCGCGCCAUACACGGCAUGAUUUGGGACGAGCAAGAGCAGAUGCUGUGGGCCGCUGGUACGGACGCUGCAGCCGAUGGAUCUGACCCAAUCCCUGCGUACGGAACCAUCCAGGGCUAUCCCUACAAUGCAACCACCGGCGAGCUGGAAGACACCGAGGAAUUCAUGUACCGACUCCCGGAGGCAUGGGAUCAGGAGACGGAAUGGGGCCCAGGAUACCCCUGGUGGUGUGGGCCACACGAUCUCGUUCCCAUUCCCAAUGACCGAAAGUUUCUAAUGUCGCAAGACCGAGGGCUACACGCCUUUGACCUGGACACCCGUGAAUUCUUCCUCGAUAGCAAAGGCGUGAUUGAUACGUAUAUGAGAGGGUUCGAGGUCACCACCAACGAUCGCAAAGGCUUUGACAGGGCAGGAGAGUACCACGAGCUACCUGAAUCAGACCUGAAGGGGUUCAGCAUGGCGCCGGAUGGAACCUUCGUCUAUGUACAGUCCCUAUGGCGAUUGCUACGGGGGAACCACACAAAUAUUGUCGUCGAUGGAGUCAGACAACAGAUCAACCUGGGGGACGAGAUUUACCGAUCGCGUUGGUUUGCAGACAUUCCCGGCUGGCCGAAACCAGCUGCAUAAGAAACCCAGCGAGACUGCAAUUCAACAUUUCUUUUCUCGGCAACCCGCCUGCUGUCAUCCCAGAGGGCACAGCCAUGGCACCGCUCUGUGGAGUUGGUUGCAACCGUGGUGAUAGAUGACGACAUGUUUGUGCCGCCACAUCACCUCGGGAAUCUGCUGAAGCAUGCUAUCAUGCCGGUCAUGAUGCGCGAGCAUAUUUUCGCAUAUACAUUUAAUCGUAACCUACUGCAAGAGCCGGAGGAGCCACAAAUAGACGACGACCCACGAAUAUCAGAUCACAUCCGUUUGGGAAACGGAUAACACCAUCAGCUCAACGCCACCGCGUGGUCGCCUUACCUCAUCCCUCGCCUCGGGUCUUAUGCUCAUAGAUUCGUUAGGGGCAAGAAGACAUGGAGGGAGAUCAUGUUGAUCUCCCGGCCUAGAUAUACCAUCAACGCGAAUCGCGUGAAGUAUGUACAUAGUAUUAUUUUGCAUAUGAAUACCAUAAAUACGGACAUAAUUUCAUACAUCUA